GUAGAUGGCCGCUACCACGUACAUGCCGAUUAGUAGCGCAGUGUCUACCGACCUGGAUGGUGGUUCGGGUACAACGAUCGGAAUGAACAUCGCCGUAGGUGGCUAUUCCUCGGGUUCGCCCCGCAGCGCCGCCGACGGGGAGAUGAAGUACAUGCCGGCGCCGCAGCAUCAUCACCACCAUCACCAUCACCAUCAGGUGAACUCCUCGCCGUCGCCGAAUGGACUCUCGCAUCCGGCGGCGAGUCUCUCGUCGGCGAAUCCCUGGGUGAGCCUACAACCUGGCAGUGAUCCCUGGGCGGCUUCGAUGGGCAUGCACCACACUACCCAUCAUCCGCAUCAUCAUCCUCAUCAAGCUAAUGCGAGUCUCGACGUGAAACCGCUGACCGCGGCAGCCGCGGCGACCGCGACGGACCAAGGUAUGCACCAUCGAGGGCCGCAUCAGUCCCCGGGCAUGGCCUCGCCGCAUUCUUGGCACGCACCGGUCGUUCCGUCGGCGCAUUACAACCCUAGCGGUGGCGCGGCCUCGCCCACUACCCUGCAACAGUACCACGCGGCGAUGAACGGCAUGCUGCAUCAGCAUCCGCACCAGCAUCCGCAUCAGCUGCACAAUCAUCAGACCGGAUUACCUCACCACUUGAGGGACGCGCACAAUCACAGUCCACCGUCGGGGCAUCCGCUGCACGCGGGACAUCCCCUCGACAGGGAUCACAGCGCCGGCGAGGAGGACACGCCGACGUCGGACGAUCUCGAGGCCUUCGCCAAGCAGUUCAAACAGCGACGCAUCAAGCUCGGCUUCACCCAGGCGGACGUCGGUCUCGCUCUCGGUACGCUCUACGGCAACGUCUUUUCGCAGACGACGAUAUGUAGGUUCGAAGCUCUACAAUUGAGCUUCAAGAACAUGUGUAAGUUGAAGCCGUUACUACAAAAGUGGCUCGAGGAAGCUGACUCGACGACCGGCUCGCCGACGAGCAUCGACAAGAUCGCCGCCCAAGGUAGGAAGCGGAAGAAGAGAACAUCGAUAGAAGUAUCCGUGAAGGGCGCGCUCGAGCAACACUUUCACAAACAGCCGAAACCCUCGGCUCAAGAGAUCACCUCGCUAGCGGACUCGCUGCAACUCGAGAAGGAAGUCGUCAGGGUGUGGUUCUGUAAUCGACGGCAGAAGGAGAAGAGGAUGACGCCGCCUAAUACGCUCGGCGAGGGUAUGAUGGAGGGUAUACCGCCGGGUCACCAGGGCCAGGGCGGCCUUCAUCAGGGUUAUCAUCCGCAGGAUCACCUACACGGCUCGCCCAUGGGCCACAGCCACAGUCCACCGAUGCUCAGCCCACAGGCUCUUACGGCUCACUCGCUUGCGGCUCACUAGCGUUCGCCGGGGCCUCCCCGUUGGGCCUCGCGGUAACCUCGCAAAACUCGACAAACGUGUCGUCUACGGCAGAAACGACGACCCUGCCGCCGUUCUAUCAUCACUACCUUCAGGCGCGCACCGGCAGUUAUACGACUUCGUAGCUGACGGAUUCACGGCGCCCUUUCUACCUGCCGGACGACGGCGCGCGUUACCGAAACGAAGGUACGAAAUGGUGGCUUGUUCAACGAGAUUCAACGGGGUUCAACGAGGCCGAGACCGGUCUACCGGGGAGGCUGAGGAGCUGACGCGUUCGGUCGGAGAUCUUUUCUCGACCUUGACCGCCAAGCCCAAAGUAGAAGAUUAAAGCUCUGGACGAAAAGGAGCGAGGAGAAAAAAAAUCGGGAUACGAGAGGAUACGUCGAUGUCCCGGUGAUAAGUGAUUAUCUUCUCAUCUAGGAAGAGAUCGUCAGUGAUGACGUUCCUCCUUCGUGCGGUCAGGUCGGGGCCCGUUCGUCUGUCUCGCGGAGUCCGAACUGGACCGCGGACUUUGUUGCCUGUUUGCUGUUGUUAUUGUUGUUCUUUCGUCAUCGUUGGUGAACGGAAGUGAAUUUACUCGACGGUCUCCGACGGGAAGCCGAAGAAGGAUGGUUCUAACAGGGUGCGCGAAUAUGCGGACUCGGGCGAGGGUGCGGCGAAAAAGAAACGGAGAUGUGUCUUCAUCUUCUUCUCUCGCCCGCGAACAAAAGCGGGGAUCUCGAAUAUCGGACACGAAACAUCGCGUCGCGAGGGUGUCUUUUUUCCGUGCGCGUGCGAUUUUCCCGCUUAUCGUCCACGAAGGGAGUCUGAAAAUUCGCGGGACAAUUUUACGGGGCGGACGAACGGGCGACAACAAGAGAACGUUAGGGGACGAAGUGUUGUGUUCGCGCGGGAUUUGCUCGGAGCAAACUCGGCGGAUGAUGUAACAUAAGUAUAAAUAUGGACUGUAAAUAAUGUACUAGAUAAAGCUAGUAAGUUAAGUGAGAAAGAGAGAACAUGAGUCGUCGUCGUCGUCAUCGUCAUCGUCGUCGUCAUCGUCGUCGGCGAGCGAGAAAAACAGACGCAGGAGCUGGAAUAAACGGAGGAGAAAAAAAGAUAAUGAGAGAUGGCAUGAGAGAGAGAGAGAGAGAGAGAGAGAGAGAGACAAAAAAUAUGCGGCGCGACGAAGUAGAAGAAAAAAAAUGAGGGACAGUUUAUAUAUAAUAAAAGGGACAGGAUUGUCCAAACGCAAAUACAUCGAAGAGGGAAACACGUGUCGGAAAAGCGCGUGCGAAAUCCUAGCGAGAUGGCAAGACAGAUACCCCCUCGCGCGAAAAACCCCUUCUGUAUAAAGAUUUCCUGCCCUCGGAUUGCCGAUCAUCCCCCGGACCCAUUUUCGGAUCCACCGAACUCGACGAUGGACCUCCCCCCUCCCCGACUGCCAGAGAGAGAGAGAGAGAGCCGCCGAAAACUAAGUCGGGGCCUCCGAAUCAGCCGUCAAGGAUCGGUCGUCAAGGUUUUUGGGACGUCCGGAACGCGUCGUCUGUCGAUCGCGCGCAGUCAGGACACUCGAACGGACUCGACAAUAUCGUCGGAUUUGAGCUUACAGAGUUGUGUCUCGCAUCGUCCUCCUGCAAGCAAUCGUUCUCCAGAAAAAUCCAGUCGCAGCCAGGCAUCGUGUCUCAGUGUGGAAAUACAUAAUUACAUAGAAUUACGGUAUAAGUUGUGUUAAAUCAAUGUUAAUCGCUGUAGCGAAGUGGGGUAUUAUAAUAAAUACAUUAUUUUAUGUAUA